AUGGCAACUGCUGGGGAGUACAUUCUGGUUGUGGUCAACGGAAUUGCCAUUGUGGCGACUAUUGCCGGUGGCCUCCUCACCAUACUAGCCAUCUGCACACGCCCGGACCUACGAAAACUGGUCAACGUGCCUCUGGUCAGCCUCAGUUGCACAGACAUCCUCUUCAACUCCAUAUUUUCACCCUUUUGGAUCCAGCAGAUUCUAAACCCCCUUUGGGAGCCUCCGCCAGCCCUGUGUUGGCUGAUAGGCUAUAGCUCCCCCGUGCUGUUGGGGGCGUCCUUAUGGCACAUGUUGUGUAUUGCUCUUCAAAGGUAUUUCAAGAUCUGUACCACCAGUAUACGUCUGAAGUCCAAGCAAGCCCUAGCUAUCAUGCUCGUGCUCACAUGGUUGGUCCCCAGCCUUUCCUUUUUGCCUAUUUACAUCGUUGAGGAAGUUAAGGUGGACCCGAAGCUGAAACGGUGCGCGGCAGGAAAUUCUGACAAUCUCUGGGCAAAGGUUCCCCCUACCAUUCUUAACAUGGUAUUCCCGUAUAUCGCUGCCCUUGCCUCUUACAUCCUCAUCCAAAACCACGUGAGGAAGAGUAAGAAUCGUGUCCAAGGUUAUACAAAGGGCCCCACAAACCAUUUGGCAGUGCAGUACUCGAAGUCGGGGGGUCGUGGUGUAGCCAUCCCUUCCACGAGCACGGAAACCAACAAGGUGACAAAACCGGUUAGAAACCUGGAGGGUGUAGUGUGGGUGGGGGAAGAGAAUUCCUCAUCAAGUGAGCCAGUUGUCAAGCCAGGUAAACCCAAAGUUACUAUCGUGCAUGUUGCUUCAGCACCUGGCACAGGUAAACAACAGGGCAAAAAAUCCUUACUUGGGGACGAGGAACCAAAAGGCAACGAGCCAGAUAAAAACAAAGACGUCAUCCCAACUGCCACCAUAGUGUCAGAUCAGGCAGGUACACAUAAAGGACCACAGCGAGCUCACGUUGCCCCGAGCUAUGGUGCUCAAAAGUACAAUAGCGCCGCUGAAAGACAGAUCACCAAAAUGAUGAUGUCCCUGUUUGCUGCAUUCACACUUUGCAAUAUGCCUAUAACCAUGAUGGUAAUUUUCUCCGGUAAAGUUCCAGCCGAAGCCUUCACUGUUGGACAGCUGCUAGUCUCGUUAAACGGCGUCCUCAACCCGAUCAUAUACGGCGUUAUGAACAAGAACAUUCGCCGGGGGUACAAGCAUAUCUGUGACCGCAUGCUCGACUUCAUAACCAUGCGUUUGAAGUCCAAGCAAGCCCUCACCAUCAUGCUCUUGCUCACAUGGUCGGUCCCCAUUGCUUCCUUCUUGCCUCUUCAUGUUGUUGAGGAAAUUAAGGUGGACCCAAAGCUGAAACUGUGCGGGACGGGAAAUUCUGACAAACUCUGGGCAAAGGUUCCCCCGGCAAUUUUAAACUUCAUAUUCCCGUACAUCGCUGCCCUUGCCUCUUACAUCCUCAUUCAAAACCACGUGAGGAAGAGUAAGAAUCGUGUCCAGGGUCAUGCACGUGGCCCCACAAACCAUUUGGCAGUUCAGUUCUCGAAGUCGGGGGGUCGCGGUGUAGCCAUCCCUUCCACGAGUGCAAAAACCGACAAGGUGGCAGCGCCGAUUAGAAACCUGGAGGGUGUAGUGUGGGUGGGGGACGAAAAAUCCAGUGACGAUGAGCCAGUUGUCAACCCAGGUAAACCAAAAGUUACUAUCGUGCAUGUUGCUUCAGCAUCUGGUACAGGUAAACAACAGGGUAAAACCUCCUUCCCAAGUAACGAGGAACGGAAAGGCAAUGAGGCGGAUAAAAUCGUCCCAACUGCCAUCAUAGUGUCAGAUCAGGCUGUUACAAAUAAAGGACCACAGCGAGCUCAUGUUGUCCCGAGAAACAGUUCACAAAACCACAAGAGUCCCGCUGAAAGGCAGAUUACCAAAAUGAUGAUGUCCCUGUUUGCUGCAUACACGCUUUGCAAUACGCCUAUAACCGUGAUGGUGAUUUUCUCCAGCAAGGUACCAGCCGAAGCUUUCGCUUUUGGGCAGCUGCUAGUCUUGUUAAACGGCGUCCUGAACCCGAUCAUAUACGGCGUUAUGAACAAGAACAUUCGCGGGGGGUACAAGCACAUCUGUGACCGCAUGCUUAACUUCAUAAGUUUCUGCAAGCCUCGUUAA